AUGACUGACUUCAUCGUUGGUAAUAGCAAGCCAGCUACUACCGAGGAAGUGGAAGAUCUUCAAUACUCGGCGGCUCUUGCGCAUGAGGACACUGAAAUACCGAGAGGCUAUUUCAGGAGCAUUGGUGUCAUCGCCAGUGUAGCUGCUUCUGCUCUGGGUGUUGCUUGUGCAUUGUGGGGCUUUGCCCCAGCUGCUGCGGUUAUAAGCUUUAUAGCCAAAGACAUCAGUGACGAUGGCAAUGAGGCGCUCUUCUCCAUAAUCUGGAGCGUAUCGGCCCCUAUCAGUACAUUACUCUUCGGGAGGCUUUCCGACAGAUUUGGUCGUCGUUAUUUUGUUAUUGGUGCGAAUGUAGUCGGCUUGGUCGGAGGCAUUAUUGGGAGUAGAGCAAAAUCAAUAAAUGACCUAGUAGGAGCCAAUGUCAUGUUGGGUCUUGCAGCUGGAGUCCAAUCGUCAUAUCUUCUGGUUGUUGGAGAGCUCGUACCGCACAAAUGGAAGUUCAUAGUCAUCGUCGUCACUGCUAUGCCUAGUGUUAUACCAUCCGGAUUUGGGGCAUAUCUAGGGCGAAUGCUAAUUGAAAACGCCAGCUGGAGAUGGAUCUAUUACAUUUAUAUUAUUCUGAUAGUACCCACCAUUAUUGUUCAAAUCAUAUUCUACAACCCGCCUAAUUUCAGAAAUCUGCACGGAGGGUCACGUAGCAGACUGAGUGAAGUCAAAAAGAUUGACUUUGUUGGGAUUUUGCUUCUAGUUGCAGGAUUGUUUCUCUUCCUAUUGGGAGUUUCCUGGGGCGGCCAACCUUCGCCAUGGACCUCCGCCAAAAUCCUAGGACUCCUUAUAUCCGGGGCCGUAGCACUCAUCACAUUUGUUCUCUAUGAGGUUUUCGUUCCUUUGGCUGUUCCCAUUAUUCCCAUGAGACUCUUCAAGAGUGUGAGGGGCUUUGUCAUUUUGAAUAUAUUGUCUGCACUUUCUGGCGCUAUAUACAUUGGAUUGAGUAUCAUCUGGCCAACGCAGGUAAACACGAUCUUUGGUACUACACAGAGUAAUUGGAAGACCACAGCUUGGCAAACGAAAUCAUUGAUUCACUUAAACAAACCUGCUGACCUUGAAACCCGGACCACGGUCGCCUUUGGAUCAUGGGGAGGAAUAACAGUCUUCGGCCCCUUCAUGAUCUUAAUCAAAAAGGUCAAGUGGCAGACAAUCUUCUUCUGCGCCAUGAUCAUCGCCUUUGCGGGUGCACUGUCUCAAGUCACGAAGGAUAAGCUCAGCCAGGGCAUCGCCUUCUCAUUCUUCACCACGCUUCCCGUUGGAUGGUUCGAAGUGAGCACUGGCUUGCUUGUACAGCUUAUCUCCGAAGACAUAGAUCUCGGAAUUUCUUUUGCGAUCGUUUCCAGCUCUCGGAUGGCUUUCGGUGCGGUCGCAACCGCCAUCUUCGUCGCAAUCCUUACGAAGAAGACACCAGGCGAAAUUGAGAAGCACGUUAUUCCAGCCGUUCUAAAGGCUGGUCUCCCAGAAGCCUCACUUCCCGCACUUGCUGCCGCCAUCGAGGCUGGAUUCUCUCCCUCCGCUGCAAGUGCAGUACCAGGCCUGACGCCGCAAGUCCUCGAAGCCGCUACCAACGGCUUGGCAGAUGGCUAUGCUGCGGCGUACGCUUAUAUCUAUUACACGAUUAUUGCCUUCGCGGGUUUGGCAUUCCUGGUUUCGUUCUUCAUGAUGGAUUUCGAUUCCUACUUCACGGGUCAUGUCUCCCGUCAGAUAUCUGAUCGCCAUAAUAAUGUCCAACAACGUCUGGUGAAGGAAGUCAACGUGGAACGUGUGUAAAACCGAGACGAAAAAAACGUUAUGGUUGAGUGAGAAAGUUUGUACCGUCUCUUGAAUUUCAUUCUAGGCCUAAUUUAACCUUCGUUUGAUGCUGGAGUUUCACUCGG